AUGGCGUCUGAAGAUACCUCUCCGCCCGCCGAAGUGGCCUCUAUCGCCUCGCCGAUUAACCUCAUCCUCUUCUCCCUCUUCCUCGCCCUAAUCUAUAUGCAAUUCCGACCUAAAAAGCCCGUUACACUCCCAAAGGCCCCCGCUCCCACCGUUUUCCGUACUUUUUCUCCAACCGACCUUCUACCAUUCAACGGCAAGGACGGAGCUCCUGUCUAUCUAGCAGUCCGAGGACGUGUAUUCGACGUCACCUCUGGCAGAAACUUCUACGGGCCUGGCGGACCAUAUGAAAACUUCGCUGGCCGUGAUGCCACUCGCGGACUAGCUUGUCAGAGUUUCGAUGAGGAAAUGCUCACCAAGGAUCUCAAGGGACCGCUGGAUGACUUGAAGGGAUUAGACGAGGAGCAGUUGGAGAACCUAAGAGGGUGGGAAGAGAGGUUUUUGGAGAAGUAUCUCGUUGUUGGCAAGCUUGUUGCUGAAGGUGAUCCAGCUCUCAAGGAGUGA